AUGUCCUCUCCUGCAGCCGCCCCCGACAAGGAGACCCUAAAGCUCCUUCUUCCACUUCGAUACGAUGGCAAGACAGUCAUCAAAUGCGACAGGUUCUUGUCGCAACUUCAUAUCUCCUGGUUGAUCAACACAUCGUUGAUGACCAUUGAGCUCAAGGUACAAGUUGCGCUGAGCCUGCUCGAUGGCGACGCCCGCGCCUGGGCCACGCCUUACUUUGCCCAACUCGCGAACGAGGCGGCCUUCACUGCUGCCUUUAAGAUCCACUUCGGAAAUCUCGACGAUGAGGCAGCAGCACAAGUGGAGCUGGCGAAGCUCUGCGCGGACAAGACGGUCUGUGAAAAACGCACUGCUGCGGAAUUCUCCGCGCUGUUCAAGGGUCCGGCGGACCGCUCUGGGUAUGGGGACCUGGAGCUAUGCGACAAGUACCUGAGUGGCAUCCCCUCCCGCGUAUACCGGAAGAUCGAGCUCGAGACCUUCACCACGUGGCGAGCCGCUGACAAGCGCGCCACUGAGGUCGAGCAGAUCCUCGACAUCAGCCGGGCCCGUCGGCCCGAGUUAAAUAACUUCUUCUCGGCCCGAGGUCGAGGGCGCGGUGGGGCACGUGGUGGUGCGCCCACGACACAUGCAGCUUCGGCCAGCAUCAAUGCGGCCGUCGGAAAAGGAGACUUCCCCGGCACCUGCUUUGGCUGCGGGAAGCAAGGGUACCGCCGUUUUGAGUGCCCCAAUUGUAAGGACAAGCCUUACACAAAACGCGCCGACGCACGGGCUACGGUUGCCUCGGGAUCCACCCAGGCGGUGACAAGCACCCCCGUCGCUUCAUCCUCGGCGAGUACAAGCGCCGCUUCAGCGAAAUCGGAAGGUUCCGAGCUGGCAGACUUAAUAGCACAGAUGAAGUCGAUGCGCGAGGAGCUCGAGCACUAUCGGGCCAUGAAGGAGGAGUCUUUUUGA